AUUUAAACGGUUUCAGCGGGUUAGCGUGGAGCAGGGAAGUUGUUGAGAGUGGACACGAUACGUAAAAUAAUGGGAAGAUUUUAAGACAUUUAUAUUCACGUCAAUAUGCAAUUGAUUUAGCUUUUAAAGCGGACAAACGAGUAUCGGAUUUACUUUUUUAAGAGACUUGGACAUCUAUGUCUUUCCCUCAGGCUGCCAACAUGAACUCCGUACUAACAUCAGUACAAUCCCUCAUGCAAAUGUUUGAUGGCAAAGCAAAGGAAUUCACCGAUGAAAUUGAAAAUGUCCACAUGGUCUGGCUCGAGGAGAUCCAACAAGAAGCCAACCGCAUGUUCUCAAGGGAUUUUAAUGCAGAACCAGAAUUGAUGCCAAAAACACCGUCACAGAAAAAGAAUAGUCGCAGGAAGCGUCUAUCUUCAGGGCAUCAGGAAGCGAAUCCAGCCAGAUUUUCAAAGGGAAAGCGCAGUAACCUUCGUGGCUCCAUUGUCAAAUCACUGAACUUGAUUACUGAAGAAGAGAUCAUUCCCGAGGCUUCCACCUCUCAGACCGACACCACCUGGCAGCCUAAACGCACCACCCGCAAAAACAACAAUAAACUACAAACACAAUCUGAGGUGGCAGAGGAUGUGAGCUUAAAACCUGAGGAGGUUCAGAACAAGAAGCCAGAGCUGGUAGAGGUGGAAGAAAAUAACAUAGUGGACAAUGUAGAAGACAAGCCGGACUACAUAUGUGGCGACGCCCAGUCCCCACCUGCAGUACCAUCACCCGAGGUUGUUGUCAGCAUCUCUGCCUCAGACCGAUUGUCUGCAGAGUUGGUUAAAGAUGUGCAGCUCUCUCUUGGUCGUUCAGCUGCCAAGAUUGCAAUAGCGGGCGCAGCUCUGAGCUCACGGCGGAGCUCACGGCGGAGCUCUGUGCACUGCUCCCUCAAAGUACGCCACUCUCUGGCCGGUCUGCGGCACAGUAUGACCCAGGAGUCUCUUCGCCGUGCCUCGCGUCGCUCCAUGCUGAAGAGGCAGGUGUCUCGUAUGGGAAAUUCCAUAUGUAGCAGCAACAUUGAUGAGCACUCUUCUGUGGACUCGGUAGAGGAAAUGGAGGCAAUGCCAGAAGCUGUAAGUGCAGAUGAAAAUGCUGCUGCUGAAGAAUGUAUUGAAACUCUGGAGCGCCAGAUCAUCGGACGCAUAACUCGAUCAGUGGCCGCAAACUCUGCGGCGGCAUUAUCACCGGUUACAUCUGAACUCUCAGUGUUCACUCCCAAAAAGAAAACGGCUGCAGAGAAAAAACUGAUGGCAGUUCGCAUGUCACGUCUUAGUCAAAAACGCAAAGCACAAGAUACUUCAGAGGAAACUCCCACAAAGCACUCUCUUCCAAAGAAAAGCGCAAGUGCAAUGAGACCCAACAUGAAGUCUUUCCUCCACACUGUGCAGAAGAAUCAGCUGCUCAUGAUGACUCCAAAUUCCCUCGGCCGCUCUGCUGUUUUUAAAUCCUUCAUCAAACAAAACACUCCUCUGAAAGUUGAUCCAAAGUUGAGUUCUCGUAUAGUGACAAAAGAGCGUUACAAACUGGAAGCACUUCAGAAGAAGCGGGAGCAAGAGGAGGAAAGGAUGAAGAAGAUGGAGGAAGAGAAGAAAAAGAGAAAUGACGAACUCAAAAGGAGGAGGGAUGAGAGACUGAAGAAAGUGCUGGAGGCUAAAGGCAAAGAAGAGCAGAGGGAAAUGGAAAAGAAGAAGAAAAUCGAGCAAAAAAUGAUUCAGAUUGAUGAGAAAAAUGAUAAGCGCCAGGCCGAGGAGAACAAGAAGAAGAAGUUGGCUGUUAAACGUCAAGAGGACCUGGAGCAGAGGAAGAAGCAGGAAGAGGAGGCUAAAAAGAAGAUUCAGCAAGCCGAGGAAGAGAAGAAGCAGCAGGAAUUACUGGCCAAGAAGAAGGCAGAGGAAGAGGAACAGCGAACUCUCAAACUGGCGGAAGCUCGCCAAGCACUGGAGCUGAAGAGAGAGCAAGAGAGAGACAGGCUAGCUGCUGCUGAAAGGGAGCGGGAGGAAAAAGAAAAAGCUCUCGUUCUGCAACGGGAACUGGAGAGAGCUGCGAGAGAGAAGGAGAGGAAAGAACUGCAGGAGAAAAGAAAGGCGCUUGAGGAAAACGGAAGACUGGAGGAGCAGCAGCUGAGAUUAGCUGCAGUAGAAGUGGCUGCGAAAGAGAGAGAGGCUGCUGCUAAAAAGGCUGCUGAAGCACAGAAGGCUACUGCUAGCUUGAAUUUAACUGUGGAUAUUCAGUCCUCUGUACUGACCACUCCUGUAGGAAAAGGUGCUGGCUUCAAUGUGACCAUAGAUUUGGAGAAAUCCCCACAAUCAUACUCCCUCACUCCAAAGGGGCGAAACAAACCUACUACGUCCAAAACUGCAGAGGAUUAUGGGAUGGACCAAAACAGUGACGACUCAACUGAUGAUGAGUCUGCGCCCAGGAAACCUAUCCCAUCAUGGGCAGAAGGUCACAUGCUGCAGCAGAUCAUUGUGAAACAGUACUACAACCCUCCUAAUUUUGAAAACAAUUUGGGAAUAAUUGAACCACCAAAACUGGAAACCAUCUUUAACAAGAAUAAGCCUCGCUAUAUGAAACGCACCAGCUCUGCUGUGUGGCACUCUCCUCCAAAUGGAAGGAAGUAAUGUCUGUACACUGACACAGAUACACAUUGCUGUUUAAACUUUGGAAGUCUGUUUCCAGUAUAUUUGUUUCAAAUAGUCAUUUAUUUUUCAUAAAAUAAUUGAUGCUUCACCCUUCAACUUGGACUUGAACAUUGCUGUGUAUUAUAAGUGGGAUGUGAAUGUUUAAAAAUUGCGGCCAAGUACAAGCUUUUAUUUGUGUAAUCUGUACUGACUGUGAUUAUGGUAGAUUGUUAUGUUUGGGAUUUAUUAAAUUGUAUUAUUAAAAAUGUAAUCCAGGUUUCAGCUUUUGAUUGUAUUUUAUAAUAAUGUUUCUCUAUUGUAGCUCAGUGCUAAAAUACCUGUGUUCAGGUAACUACUAUAUUUACCAGGUGCCACAAAUAAAUGUGUUUGUGGAUGCAUUAUGCGUCUUUGUCACACAUUUUGACUAGCUUUAGCUGCAAACCAUGACGGUGAGCAGCAUGUCCUUUAGAUUUUAACUGAUUGGAAUAUGGCCAUAUAUUAUAAAAUACACGUCGACUCAUGGCACGUUAUCCCUGCUAUGGUAUGUCAAUCUUUCCAGCAGCCGAUUGCAAUAUGGCCCUACUUUAACCGUUCAAAAAUAAAAGCACUUGUUAAAAGCCA